ACGGAGGGGGCUCGGGAUAAUCGCACGCCUCUUCCUGCUGCUCUCCCGGCGCUCCGUCCUCCGGUACACACAGCUCACAUCAGGAAAAGGAGGAGACGUCGGCCGGUGUGUGUGUGCGGCUGGAGCGAGGAUACGGUGUAUUUUCCCCCUAUGAUCUACAGACUGGGACCGGGCUCUCCAUCUAUAGGCUCUCCAUACACAGUCCGAGGCAUUGGAGCUUCUUCUUGUGAAUGAACGGUGCUUGUCUGCCCCCCGGAUCGUGCGCUGACCCCCAUACACUGGCUGGGAUGUGAGCUGUCACUCUCUGACCGUCAGCUGUCAUCGUGUGCCGCAGGUGAUCGGAGGAGGGAACGGCGUUGCUAUGAAGCUGCCAGGAGGGAUGGCUGGCCGGUGAGGAAGCAUGGGCACUCCAGGGCUGGUGAGCCUUAUCACUGGGCUCCUUCUCUGCACGGUACAUGUCAUCCUGGCAGGGAAAACAAUUGGAUUGCGGUUUACAGGUCAUGGGUACAAUUUAACAGUGCCUCAAGGGCGAGAAGCCAAACUGAACUGCAGCCUGCUUGGUAUGGAGGAACCAGAGAUCCAGUGGUUUAAGGAUGGCGUUCCAGUGCAGAGUGCUGACCAGUUGUACAUUCCAAAGAAUGAAGAUCAUUGGACCAGCUUCCUCAGCUUGAAAAAUGUUGAGCAUCCGGAUGCUGGAAGAUACUGGUGCGAAGCUGAACAUAAAGGAAUGAAAGCUGUGUCAGAUAGCUUCUGGAUUACGGUGGAGGGUGUCCCAUAUUUCAUAAUGGAACCAAAAGAUAUGGCUGUUUUACCCAACACUCCCUUCAACAUUACAUGUGCAGCUUUUGGACCACCUGGGCCGCUGACCAUUGUGUGGUUUGUGAGAGGGUCUCCUGCUGGGGAGGCACCAGAUAGCUCACCAUCAGUCCUGUUUAUACCAGGAAUUCGAGAAACCACAGUCUUCUCUUGUGAAGCUCACAACUUAAAGGGGCUAUCAUCAUCAAGGACUGCCAUUGUACAUGUCAAAGAUCUGCCCCACCCGCCUACCAAUGUGAAUGUGAAUAAAGUGACCAGCACCACCGCAGCUGUCACAUGGAGGCCAGGGUUUGACAGCUAUUCUCCCCUCCUGUCAUGCACAAUGCAGGUUCUAGUGUUACACGAUGUGUACUCGCAGCAUGUCAUUGUUCCUCCUUACGCCGUCACCUUAGAAGAGCUUAAGCCAUUGACGAAUCACAGCAUCCGCCUGCAGUGCGCUAACGAAGUGGGCUCCUCUAUUUUCACCGAAUGGCUAUCCUUUCAAACACUGGAAGCAGUGCCAGCACUCGCUCCCCAGAAUGUCCAUGUCACCAGGACUGAAUCCGGCUUGAUGUUAGAAUGGGAAGAGAUUGCUCUGAGUUUGCAAAACUGCACAGUGCUGGGAUACAAAGUACGGUGGGAGCAGGAGAAUGUAACGCAAGCAGAAGAAUUUGUACAGGGAAACCAAGCCAACUUGACGGUCUGGGACCCCCAGAAAGACCUAACCGUGCGUGUAUGCAUGGCCAAUUCUGCCGGAUGUGGACCAUGGAGUGACUUCCUUCUUGUGGCUUCUACAGAAGAACCUGAUCGGCAACGUAAUCCACAUACUAGAAUGUCCUGGGUCCCCCUGGUGUUGGGUAUUCUGACUGCUUUAGUCACAGUUGUGGCUAUGACUUUAAUCUUUCUGAGAAAGAGAAGAAAAGAAACAAGAUUUGGGCAUAUGUUCGGCUCAAUGCUGGGUCGAGGAGGUCCCGUUAUCCAGUUUACAGCAGCCAGGUCAUUUAAUAGGAGAGGUACAGAGAUGCUGGAAGCAACAUUGGACAGCAUCGGGAUCAGUGAUGAACUGAAAUCCAAGCUUACAGACGUCCUCAUCCAGCAGCAGCAGUUUACCUUGGGAAGGACAUUAGGAAAAGGAGAGUUUGGCUCUGUAAGAGAGGCUCAAUUAAAAAUGGAAGAUGGUUCGCUCCAGAAGGUCGCUGUGAAGAUGCUGAAGACGGAAAUUUUCUGCUCCAGCGAUAUUGAAGAAUUCUUGAGAGAAGCUGCUUUUAUGAAAGAAUUUGACCAUCCGAACGUCUGCAAAUUAAUAGGAGUGAGCCUGAGAAGUCGUACCAAGGGAAGACUGCCAGUUCCAAUGGUCAUCCUACCAUUUAUGAAGCAUGGUGAUCUACACACCUUCCUGUUGAUGUCUCGCAUUGGAGAAGAACCCAUCACUCUGCCUAUACAGACAUUAACAAGAUUCAUGAUUGACAUCUGUAGCGGAAUGGAAUAUCUAAGUUCCAAAAAUUUUAUCCACCGGGACCUCGCCACACGCAAUUGCAUGUUACAUGAGGACAUGACAGUGUGCGUUGCAGACUUUGGUCUCUCUAAGAAAAUCUACAGCGGGGACUACUACCGCCAAGGGUGUGCAUCCAAGCUUCCUGUCAAGUGGCUGGCACUGGAGAGCCUGGCAGACAAUGUUUACACCGUGUACAGUGAUGUGUGGGCAUUUGGCAUCGCCCUCUGGGAAAUCGUGACCCUGGGACAGACACCCUAUGCUGGCAUUGAAAACUCUGAAAUCUACAGCUACCUCAUUGCUGGAAAUAGAUUGAAGCAGCCGCCGGACUGUCUGGAUGAACUGUAUGAAAUGAUGUGCCAGUGCUGGAUCACUGAGCCCAAGAGGAGGCCCUGCUUUACAGACUUAAAAAGACGGCUAGAGACCAUCUUGGGCCGCUUAUCUAUAUUAUCAGAGAGUCAAGAUCCACUGUAUGUAAAUCUCGGGGAGACUUGUGGAGCCACUGCUGCAGACUCAAUUUUUCACUCUGGUUUUGACAGCGAUGACUGCUGCAUAGACAUUUCACAGACAUGCGGGGCUGCAGCAGUGUCUGGCGACUAUCGCUAUAUUGUGAACCCUGGGUGCCUUAGAGACACGGACGAGCGGCCUUCAUCAGCACAAGCACCGGAAGCCAGAGGCCUCCUUAAUGAGGAUGAGGACGAGGACGAUGAGGAAGAAAUUCAGGAAGCUCAUGUGGUCAUUAACCUUUAGUAAAAACUCCAAGCUUACAGCGGGAUGUGAUACCUUUAGCUGCAUCCUUUAAAGCCAUGUGUCUGUAUAAGCUCAACCCACGAUCCAGGUGGACAUUGUUCUGAAUUCUAGGCAUUAUAAAUUGCUUAUGGAUUUGCAUCAAUAAAAAUGUACAUUUUUUUUCAGCUGUAAAACUUUAUAUAAAAUUGUAUAGGCAAUGUAAGUAUUGAAAUAGGCUGUAAAACAGCCUUCAAUAGAUUAGUUCCUAAAAUGACUUUACUGUACAUAUUUUUUACACAACUAAAGCUCAUCGAUAACCAACUCUUCUUUCUCUCCAUUUGAAUGGUAUCACAGCCUCACCGCUGCAUCAACUUGCUCAGCUAAAGCUUCCCUGUCUCUAUGGAGCUACAAGAUCAACUACUCAAUGCAAUAUCUGAAGACUUAUAAACUUUGGUUAAAACCCUGAUUUAUAUAUAGGCAUCCCAUUUUCUUUUAAGUAAUAGACUUUUCCAAGAAGGGAAAUUAGAAAGUGAAGUGUGAUGUCAGUACUGAUGUGUUCAGUUGAAAAUAAUGUUGACUAAAUCACGCCUGUAGGUUCCUUGCUACCUUAGAAAAAACAGUUGGUUGCAUGUGUCAUAUUUAAUUCAUAUGUUUUUUUUCCAGAAAGAGAACAAUUGUUGUGCCAUUAUGCUUCCAGAACCAAAAUAAUAUUUUUCUAUAAUAUAUGACUUUGACCUUCUUUGCACCAGUCAGUUGAGGGGACCAGACCAGCCAGACGUACCUUAGGAGGCUAUUUGUAAAUGUUUUCAUACAAAAGGCAAGAUUCGCACAUUUUUAUUGGAUUCAGUUGUGUGAAUGUUGUGUGAAAACAUUUAUAAAUAGACCCCUUCGUCUUUGUGCAUUAUAGAUUAUUGGAAUUUGAAAUCUGCGUUUAGGGAUGAACUCUUUAGCAGCUGUCACUCAGGGUAAGACCAAGCACAACUAAAGGAAAAAUAAUUUUUACAUAAGUGAGGUUCAUUGUAUCAUAGUUUUCUCUAAAUAAAGAAUGUUAGUCCGGCGACCUAAG